CCAGAAACUUUGGUAGCUGUGGCUGUGGCUGGGCUGGAGGCGCGGCCAAGCUCCCCCGCGCGGCUGCGGCGCGCGAGAAAGGGAGGGAGCGCGUUGCCCGGCGUGCGGGGGCGCGGGGUGCAGAGCGCUGAGGACCCCGAGCUCGCGGCUGCGCCUUCGCCAGCCACCGCGCUACCAGUACGGUCCGCCUGUGCCCAGGACAACACUGAAACGUCUCCAGUCUGCUCUCUGCACAUCCCAGCUCAGCGCUCUCAGCCAGACAUUCACGGCCCUGUCUCCCUGCCUGAGAUCUGCACCCCCAGCUCUGCCCUGCGUUCUGUGCACUACACCCCCCACCCGCGCUCUCCAUCUGGAUGGAAGUUAGGGAGAAUGGAUGGAAUGGUGAGGGUGUGUGUGGCAAUCUGCUGGCUUACAGCCAUGAUUGAAGGCCUUCAGGUCACGGUUCCUGACAAGAAGAAGGUGGCCAUGCUCUUCCAGCCCACAGUGCUUCGCUGCCAUUUCUCUACAUCCUCUCACCAGCCAGUGGUGGUGCAGUGGAAGUUCAAGUCCUACUGCCAGGAUCGCAUGGGGGAGUCUUUGGGCAUGUCCUCGCCCCGGGCUCAGUCUCUCAGCAAAAGGAACCUGGAAUGGGACCCCUACUUGGAUUGUUUGGACAGCAGAAGGACUGUUCGAGUGGUAGCUUCAAAACAAGGCUCAACUGUCACCCUAGGAGAUUUCUACAGAGGCAGAGAGGUCACAAUAGUUCAUGAUGCAGAUCUUCAAAUUGGAAAACUCAUGUGGGGAGACAGCGGACUGUAUUACUGUAUCAUCACAACCCCUGAUGAUCUGGAGGGCAAAAAUGAGGAUUCAGUGGAGCUACUGGUGUUGGGCAGGACAGGGCUGCUUGCUGAUCUCUUGCCCAGUUUUGCUGUGGAUAUUAUGCCAGAGUGGGUGUUUGUUGGCUUGGUGAUCCUGGGUAUCUUCCUCUUCUUCGUCCUGGUGGGGAUCUGCUGGUGCCAGUGCUGCCCCCACAGUUGCUGCUGCUACAUCCGCUGCCCAUGCUGCCCAGAGUCCUGCUGUUGCCCUCAGGCCUUGUAUGAAGCAGGGAAAGCAGCAAAGGCCGGGUACCCUCCCUCUGUCUUCGGUGUCCCUGGCCCCUACACCAUCCUCCCUGUCCCAUUGGGAGGAGCCCCCUCAUCUGGCAUGCUGAAGGACAAGCUGCAUCCACCUCCUCUGGCACCAAGUGACUCCAUUGGAGGAAGCCACAGUGUUCGCAAAGGUUAUCGGAUACAAGCUGACAAAGAGAGAGACUCCAUGAAGGUCUUAUAUUAUGUUGAGAAGGAGCUGGCUCAGUUUGACCCAGCCAGAAGGAUGAGAAACAGAUAUAACAACACUAUCUCAGAACUCAGCUCCCUGCAUGAUGAGGACAAUAAUUUCCGCCACUCCUACCAUCAGAUGCGAAGCAAACAGUUCUCUCAUGACUUGGAGAGCAAUCCUGAGUAUUGGCAAGGAGUCAUAGGAGGUAGCAGUGGGACAAACCGGGGGGCCUCAGCCAGAGAAUAUAGCAAAGAGGAGCAGGACAGCUUUAGGCACAGCCAACCACGCUCCAAGUCCGAGAUGCUAUCGCGCAAGAGCUUCGCACCCGGGGUGCCAGCCGUGUCCAUGGACGAGCUGGCCGAGCCCUACGAGUCCUUUGGGCCUCUGCCACUCCGCGCAGACGGCCUGGAGACGCAUGGGGCCCGCUUCGCAGAAGAUCCGUGGAGCCGCGGGCGGGCAGCGGGGGACUCCUGGGCGCGCAGCCCCGCGCCACUGCCGCGCCUGCUGAGCCGAACGCCAGGCCCUGCGCCCAGGAUUGAGAGGCGGCCCGAAGCCACCAGCCGCGCAGGCAGCCUAGAGACACCUGCCAGGCGCAAUGCGCGCCUCGCCUCCUACUGCGCCUGGGCACCCGCGUCCUUCCCAGCCGGCGAUGAGGAUGAGGAUGUGACAGACGACACACUGCCGCCCUAUAGCGAGGAGCUAGAUCUCGGUCAGGCCUGCCACCGCGAGCCUCACCGCUGCAGCUCUGAGAAACGCAGGAAACGGGAGCCCAAGAAGAAUGACUUUCCAACCAGGAUGUCCCUUGUGGUCUGAUGAUUUCAAGAUCUCUCUGGAUGACUAGUGAUGAGAGCCAACUAUGGAGAUAAGAUAUAAACCCAAGAGCCAAGCGGCCCAGGAUCUUCUCUGGCCACCACCUAGGCAGAUUUGCAGAU